UUUCGGUCAGUUGACCGAUUUUCCCAUGAUUCAUCAUUCUGCCGGAGUUGCCGUCCUUAGUCACAUGGGUGAUGGAUUCCAAAGUUUUGAAUUUUCCCAUCUCUCUAGCGUGAAUGGAGAGCAACUUGCACACAUUCAUGUCUGCAGCGGUUUCUCCCCCGCAGGCAAGAUCUUCUUCUUCACCAGACUCCCCUGCGCAGGCGUUAUAUGCCACCACCUCCGGCACUCCGGGAAAUCAAUCAGGACCAAGUCCUUCACUCCAGGCCAUAUUAGCUGCUUCACACAAGGACGGUCCUUCAAACGGACACAUCCCCUCCUGGAAUCCCUCUAUGGCCGUUCCGGAAGUUCCGCUACCUAUUCCCAAUCCCGGGAAACGAAAAUUGGAAGAUGUCGAUAACGAAGACCCGCAAAACAAGAUGCGUCGCGUUAUUCGUGACGCUGGUCCUCCCCAAGACAUGGCGACUCGUGUCGUACCAAUGACCACUGUGAUAUGCCUUCACGCUGCUGUUGCCCAGAAGUCCUAUGGAAGCGAGAAACGCUUCCUUUGUCCUCCUCCAGUUGUUCAUAUCGAAGGCCCUAUGUGGCACAUGCAUGCGCAGCAGCUUUCUAUGGCAGUUGUUUCCGAAACUGGUGAACGGUCGUUUGAACAGAAAGCACCCCUAGAUAACAACAUGACCUCCAGCUUCAAAUUUUUGCAUGUCACCGGAACUGCAAAGGCAAAGAGUUUUCAGCUCUCCCUCGAUAUCGCUGAACCUCAUCCCUCUGCCGCGCAUAAUCCGGAUAGCGACGGUUUACCAGGUCGUGUGUGGGCGUCCUUCGACUCCGCCCCAGUUACAAUUAUUUCCAAACCAUCGAAAAAGACAGCCAAGACGAGAAAUAUCUCGUCGUGUAUUCUAGCAGGUGGACCCGUAUCUCUAUUUAAUCGCAUCAAUUCUCAGACUGUACGCACCAAAUACAUGACCAUUGACCACGCUCAACUUUGUGCGAGUAAUGUGGCGUGGUCCGCCUUUAAUGUCAAUGUUAUACGACGCCCGACAGAGGCGCCAAACAUCGGUCCCCAACCAGUCACCUACGGAUGCGAGAUAGUCCUUUCCGACACACAAUCAGGAAUCUCAACAUCUCCUCUUGUUAUUCGCAAGGUCGACAAAGGCCGAGUCUCCGCCGACGAUGGUGGUCCAGUCAGUCAGAUGCAAAAGAUUGCGUUGCAGCGUGUGAAUCCUGAUGGCUCUCGACAUUACUUAUCAGCUGCUGGUCCUAUACCCGGAACGACAGGGGUUGUAGCCCCCCCAGCUCCUGGAAUGUCUACUCAAGCAGGGACACAUCCUUUACUCUUUCAGACUCCCCGCGUCAGGGAGGAGAUCAAAGACGGUAUCCGUAUGCUUUCUGACGAAGUCGACGAUUAUUUAUGCUGGACAAUUGUCGGAAUCUCAAAGUUCCAAUACACAUUUUUCGACUCAACUGGGAAGAAUAGUCAAAUACCUGAUCAGCCAAUCACGCCUUUCCCCACUUUGUUCACCGCUCCCGUGUAUCGUCAAGCCAAUAAUACCAUAGAAUUGACUGUAUCAAACUUUUUCUACGAAGACCCUAAAACGCGGCAACAAGCAACUCUGGACGUGUUCUUAGGCAAUUUGGGGCCAUUGCCACACAGAGUCUACCAAACUUCUCCCUCCGGUCCCAUGGCUUCCAUGCCUUUUGUGCAGCCCAUUCCUGGGCUUCCAGAAGGUGUACCUCUCGAUCCUCCGGGAUCACCCACCCGCUACAUACCUUCCGGACCUUUACACACUAUUGUCAUGGUCGAGAUGCCACCCAUUGGCGAUAUUAUCAAGGCCUUGGAGGAAGAUGCGUUACCUCCUAGCGCAGAACAUCCAGAUGGUCAUUCAGCAGAAGUCUCUCAUCCUGGUAGCAGAAAUGGCUCGGGACCUCCGCCGUCCAUAGCAGGUCGCAGUCUUCCUUUAUUAUUCAUUCGCAGUGCGGAUGGAGUAGGAUACCAUUCUGGUCGAACGAUCGCCUGCGAAAACGUAUUUCAAGGCAUUGAUAUCACUGGUCAGCCGCCUCACCCUGGAGCCAAUAUCGAUACUGGUUGGCUUGCUGCUGCUCAUAAUGUUCAGACGGAAAAUGGUUUGCAGGGUUUACAGAGCUGGACACUGAGAAUCAUGUAGCCACAUAUGUAUGCUUGUGUUCUUUUUUUUUCAAACUUGGUGUUUUUAUGUGCUGAUCUGGUGCUGAAUAACCUGUACAUAUAAUCUAUAUUGUCGUUUCUGCCUUGAAAACUAUCCUCGUCCAUACAGUAUUGAGCUGUAUUCUAACAUUUGGUUGUGGCCAGUACAACGAGCAUGUCUAGUCUGGUCUAGUAGUACCUAGUAGUAGGAGCUUUCUCACACUGGCUUUAUACAAACAAAGGCCGCA